UGGAAAAGAAUGUGAUUUGUCACUUGAGUCUAUAAACGCGCCUUCCGCGGACGGACACAUCGUAGCUGCCAUCGGGCUGCCAUACGGGCCAUACUACCUUACGCGGGGAGGGCCAGAACGUGCGCUUGUACGCUUAUAGUGGUGAGUGGUGCAACAAUCAAAUCAAAUGCGACGACAUCUGACGAGAGUGUGCCGAAAAGGUUAACAGUGCGCCAAGCCAGUGACGGUUCGCAAUUCGUCGUCGGGAGGUGACAGUGGCGCUGGCCUGUGCCUGCAUGUUUAGGAGCAGAAACUAGUUUUCUUCAAUACCUUUCGAGCCUUCAUUUGCCCGUUUGCAUGCUUCGGAACCGGCCUGUAGACAGAGAGAGGGAGAGAGACCAGUAAGUGUUUCAGUGUGAACCGCCGCCCCACGAUUGGACGGACCCUCCCUCCAUCGGAUGCACUAAAUACCGAAGCGAGGGGACAGCGACAGCAUCGCGGCUGCACGAGAAUAAAAAUAUUGCCACUCCAGUUUGCUGUUUACAUGAACUAGCUACGCCAAGGGCCUCUGGCACCGGAGGGAAGAAUUACACGGUGUGUGCAGAAUAGCCGAAAGGAAAAAGUUACAGGCGUCGUCGUAGUCGUCGAGUGAGUGCUGUUGGAAAAGUAAAGUUAUUCCGUGAAAUAAGAGCGUGUAUUUCGAAGAGGUAUGUGCCGAAUUAAAGUAGUAGCAAGAAGAGCAGUGGGUUUGCGGUCAAUCGAUUGAAUUCUUACCGAGGAACCGAGGUUCGGUAUUUUCCACAUCCUGGCGACUGGACUGGACUGCUUGGAUCAUUUUUGUUUUUUUUUUUGGGGUCGAAACGUCGGGCCCAGCGCUAGUGCCUGUGGGAAAGUGCGGUGAGUGUGUGAGAAAGAGAGGAAAGUAAAGAAAGAGUAUCCAGAGUUGGUGGAGAAAACCUGCGAUAGGGAAGAAAUGCACGGGUUGCUGUUUCCCCCCAUUGCAACGAUGCAGUAACAGAUCGAGUCUCAGCAUUACCAUUGUCACCGUUAGUGAAAAUUGUCUUGUGAAACGCUGGUUGGGAAAUAAGGUGCAACGAAGAAACGGAGUGUCCCAGAGCCAUCGAAUUCGGUACAGAGUUGAGUGUCUUGUGUCACCAUUGAUUGCGGGAAGGUAAAAUCUUUCCUAGUGGAUAUCGAAUCAAUCGAAGCGCCAGGUAAUGUGAAGAAAGUGGCUAAUCGUGAAUUUAGGAAGACGAAGAAGAAAAAGAAGAAGGAAAAAAAGAGUUAAUACAAGCAGUAAGAAGCAAAGAAGCGCGAAAUAGCUAAUAAGAAAGUGUUUGUGGAGCGUGCGAGAGUGAGCAGCGCCCAGAAGGAAAACCAAGGAAAGAAAAAGAAAAUAGGUUCCUGAUCUUGUUCACCGCAUUCGAAGGGGCAACCCGCACUGGAGCAGAGAAUAAAUUAUGCCAAAAAGUUCCAGCAAUGCAGAUUUACCACUCGGCUGGGAGAUUAACACCGACUAUGAUGGGAAGGUUUAUUUUAUUGAUCAUAUUAAUAAGAAAACCACUUGGAUCGAUCCCCGUGACAAACUCACCAAGCCAGAAACGUUCGCCGACUGCAUCGGAAAUGAGCUUCCAUUCGGCUGGGAGGAAGUGUACGACCCGCAGAUCGGAACGUACUACAUUAACCACAACUCGCAGACGACCCAGCUCGAGGAUCCCCGGCUGGAGUGGAAGAGCAAGCAGGAGGAGAUGCUUCGCGAGUAUCUCUGCUCCGCACAGGACACACUGGAGGCCAAGAAGGAGAUCUUCAACGUGAAAACGCAGCGGCUGCAUCUGGCACAGGAGGAGUACAACCACCUGAACGCCCUGGCCGCCAGUAGGACUAGUUUAUGUUCUUCAACAAGUUCAUGUAGUACAAAGUUCGAUCCGGAACUGUUGCGAGCGGAUCUCGCACUAGCCAAGGAACGCGUGUUUAGGCUCAAGAAAGAGUUGUCACGGAUACAGAAGGAAAUGCAUAAUACUCAGAAAGGUGUCGACACUCUGUCGAGUGUUGAACAAAAGUUGAAUUCUCACAUCAACGGCUGCUACAACAUAACCGAGGCGCAGGCCAUACUGGAGGAGGUGAAGAAAAUUCAGAAAUCGCUCAUCACCGGCGAAAAGGAGAAAAAAGAGCUGAUGAAGAGUUUGGCCCAGGUCAAGGACGAUCUGACGCGGUUGCAGCUGCGACAGGAAAGUCCGGACGCAUCGACGUUCAACCUGGCCCAGGACCGAGUGUGUGCCGCUUCACAGACCGAUCUGUCGUCGGAAAAUUUCCCCAUGGGAGCCCGGGAAAUGGCCAAAAUGCGGCAACGGUACGACGAAUGGCGAAAGCGGGUUAAGGAAAUACAGGAAAAGCUUGCCGCCCUCGAGGAAAAGAUACGGCCCGGUGAAGUCGAGUCCGACCAGGAUCGGCUGUUGCUGUUCCAGGAAAAGAAACAACUACUGCUGGAGUACCGAAGUAUCACACCAAAAUCCCGCUCCCAAACCGAAAUGAAACGAAUACAGACGGUGUGUAAACAGCUGGAAGCGGAUCUGAACAUGGCCUACGAGGAAUCAAAUCAGUGCAUAGCAAAUCGUCUGAAGCUUCACGAAGAAAAACAAGCGCUGUUACAGCAACUGCUGGAGGCACUCAAAGAAUUCACCCAUCUGGAGAACCAACUGAAGUCUCUUUCCGCCAGUACCUUAUCGAUCAGCAGUAGCUCUAGUAUCGGAUCACUGUCGACUGCCAGUAGCAAAGGAUCACUCAGUGGACUCAGUUUCACCGACAUCUACGGUGAUCCACUUUCUACCGAACCGCAGAUCGAUAUGGUUGACAUCAACCGUCGAGUGCAGCGAUUGUUCCAUCCCAGCUCGGAUGUGUCGUUGUCGCCGCGAAGUAGUCUAUCGCUGGAAACCCCACCUGCUUCUCCGAUGAAGAUGGAAUGGAACAGUGGGGGUGGUGGUGGUGGUGGUGCGGAAACACCGUACAAAAGUUCCGCUCCGUAUAACGUGCCUGCUCCUAGUUACGGUGGUUCCGAGUACAACCUGGACAAACAGAGGUUGGAAGAACAACUGCAGGACCUGAAGAUUCGACAGCUCGGAAUACCGCCGCUUUCUCCCAUCUACGAAAAACCAUCCUAUCUGGAUAUUCCUCCGGCUGUCAUCCUGAGCCGCUCGUCGUCCACCUCCAAUACGAGAUCCGUAUCGACCACGGUUAGUGACGAAUCGGUAGCCGGUGAUUCCGGAGUGUUCGAAGCGUCCCGUGCCCUGCUCACCAACAAAGAAUGCGCACAAGUCCAGAUAGGGCUGCGGUACACCGUCGCUGACAGCACACUUUGCAUAAUGAUAGAGAAAGGACGAAAUCUAACGGCACUCUGCCUACCGGAUGGUUGCCAGCUGUUCAUUCGAGCCAUUCUACUGCCCGGCACGGCAAGCCUAUUUAUCCGUACUAACGCUGUGACGGACUUCGUGAAGCCGGUCUUCAAAACAAUGCUGGUAGCUCAGAUGCCCCUGGAAAAGGUUUACACCAAAUCACUUCAUGUAAAAGUGAUGAUCAUCGUGGGACAACGUGAGGAUUGGGUAGGAAGUGCGCAAAUCAGUUUGGCCGAGUUUGUGCCCACGGAUGCCACCAGCAAGUGGUACAAUAUCAUAAGUAGGAAAUCAAUGAACGAACUGGAAUCGUUUGAGGGUUGCAGCGGAGCUUUCGGUAUCAAGGAGGAAUCGUCGGAUGAGUCGACCAUUAUCUCAUCGCAAACAUCAACUCUGACGCGUAAUCAGGGUCAGGAAGAGCUACAGGCGGUCCUGGAAAUGGUGUACGACGAUCUGGCUCACGAGGACGGUGACGACGAUGACGAGGAUGAUGUUGAUGAGACCGAAGAGGACGAUGAACACGAUCAGGAAGAGGUUAACGAUCAAGCUGCCACACAAUUGAUGCUGGAGGAGUACAUGAACAGCGUCAAGGGUACGAUAGCUACCGAGGGCGAAGGUGAUGAAGAGGCAGCGAUGGCGGUGGAAAAAGCCGACAAGGAAACCAACACCGAGUGUGCAUUUUUGCCGGAGAAAGGACGACGUCGGCUGAACGAGGCCGCUCGCAACAGCAACAACGGUACGAUCGAGGAGAACUCCGUGCUGGACGAUCGAAUCGUGAAGCGGUCGCAAACGUUCUCGCCAAGUGCCGUGGCCAGUAAAUCGCGCUACAUAUGCCGCCUGAACCGGAGUGACUCGGAUUCGGCCAUGCACUUCAACAAUCCCGUCACACCGCACCCAUUCCGACGGGGGGCAGUGGAAAGGCGAUCGCUGCGGUAUCACAAUCGUACGCCCAAGGUUUACCACAAAAUGCAUCCGGCCGUUCCCCGUACUAGUCUGGAUCUGGAACUGGAUCUCCAGGCGCAGCAGAGCAAGCUGGAAACGCUGACCGACGAGAUAAGCCGGUUGCGGGAUCUGAAGAAACGGUUGGAACUGGCACGGGAUAACAACGAUGUGAAAGUGGCAAACUGGGCACUGGAAAACGAAGAUUUCCUCAAACUGAUCAAGAAUGCCGGCAGUGCGACCACACCGGAGGAGAAGCACAUGGCCAAGCUGUUGCACAAAACCUCCAAGGAGAUCUACAAGCUAAGGAAAACCAAAGUCGGCAAAGGAAAGCUGGAUCUGAUUUCGUUCAAAGAAAAGAUGGCCUUCUUUACCCGCCGGGGUGUUUCGGUGCCGGAACUUCCGGCCGACAUCCAACAGCAGGAUGACCUGGAAGAGCUGUGUUCAAGUUCGUGCAAUUCGCCUACCAAGUGCGAGGAUGGUACCCCACAGGCAGGCCCUUCGAAACCAUUCGAUCCGUCGACAGCCAAACCCGGUCCGUCGAACAGCUCGAAGCUGGAGUUUUCCUACAACGAUGUAGACCGGACCUACGGGGUGGAAGUGUGAACUUCCGGGCCGACACACCGACAAUCAAACAUGACAAUUUUCGUAUACAGGAAAUGCGACUGCCGACCCGCGACGGACCACCUUAUCGACGGACGGAGCGCCCGGGCGCAGUCAUCGAAAUACGCUGAAAGGUAUUUGUUUGUUUAGAAUAUUCUAGAAGCCAACUUUGUGCUUUGUUCUGCGAACCAAAGCUCUACUUGCAUUUACUUUUAAAGAUUUUGUACGGAAUCGAGUUGUUAGUUUGUUGUUCAAGGGUCAAUUGUACAUAUCGAGGUUUAGCUGUAGCGUAGUCACACUUUUUUUUGUCGUGACAGAUAGAACAGAAUGCCCGCAAUUUUAGCCAGUGAGUGUUUGUGUGACUGAAACGAGAGCGAGCAGGAUUUAGAAGCAAGCAAAAACAAAAACAGGAUACGAAAUGUAGGCUGCUCAGAGAAGGGAAAGCUAUUGUUUGUAAAGUCAAACUAAAGUGCAAUACUUGUGUAAAUAAUUAAUGGAAAACUAUUUUAAACGUUAGAAACCGUGUGUGUGUGUGUGUGUUCUGUGCUGUCAUAGCAGGAAGAUGUGCGUCGGAAUUGGGAGAGGAAAUGUUGGCACCGUUUGUUUCGGAUACGUUUAAGAAAAAAGCUUUUAGGAUGGGACGAAUGGCUGGAUAUUUGGGUGGAAAGCCCAAAAAAAGUCCCAUCGAAAAUGUAUCAAUUUUUUUAUUCUCAACUUAAGCUAAUUUUUUUUAUCACUCAUGGGUAAUGGCAAGAUGGCAAAUCAUGGUCAAAACAGGGUGUUAUUAGAAUGCUGCUUCCGAAGAGGUAAAAGGCGUUGUAGAAGACACUUUUUGAAGUAGCUCUCACAGUUCAUACUCGCGGUUCAGAUGGUAUGGUUGACUGAUUUUAUCGCAUGUACUAAUUUGUAUUCUUCAGUAUAAUCUCCAUCUCACACUUGACCCAUCGUUCCUCCAACAUUUUGGUGUCCUUUGAGAACAAAAAUGGUUGAGGCCUUCCCAAUAGGCUUCCGCUUCUGCAGCGACCACAGCAUUCGACGAAAAAUUUCAUACAGGAUGCAAAAUUCUGCAUUCGAUCGAAAUAAUCCAAUUCGAAUGAAAUUCAGAAUCGAGGUGAGUCAUGUUUAUCCUUUCCACUACUCCGUUUUGCCCGGACAUGUCUUUCCCUGGCGCACUCCAUCUUCCAGCAUACUUGUUCUGAAGGUAACGUUAACGUAUUCGGUCCCGUUCUCAAAAAUUCUAGCUUCCUUCCUGUUUGACGCUUAGUCAUGCACUUUCGUAUGUACUUUCCAAGUAGUAAAUCACGAUUACAAACACCCAAAUGAUACAUUUCACUCAAACAUAGUAUUUCUAAACUAGCUUUAAUUAGUUUAGAAAUACUAUGUUCAAGUGAAAUGUAUCAUUUGGAUGAUUGUAAUUUGUUGAUGAAAAAGAUAAGGAGGUUUUAUGCCUGCUGGAGUGCAAGUUUGACAGAAACUAACUCCACCGGGCUUUCCCUGCUCCAAACAAACAAAUGAAUUAUCUGCUCUCCUUGUCCACCAAACCUUCAGGCUCGAUUGUUUGCAAUACUUCAUUUUUGAAAGGCUCUAGAACAGAAAUUACAUCCGAAACCACUACUUUCUUUAUAUCUUCGUUAGGUGUCUUGAAAGGAAAAUUGGAUUUGUCAAACUUUACAUUUCUUGCUACGAUCAUUUUCCUCGUAUCGGUAUUCCACAGACGAUAACCCGUCGAAGAAUAGUCAGCAGCUAACUUGUCCCUUUUCUGCUGCGGAAUCCACCCAAAUGUCUGACAUCCAAAAACUCAGUUUUCCAACAUCCGGCUUUUCACCGUGCCAAACAUUCAGCAGGAGUUUUGUUUCCUUUAUGUGCAUCAGCAGGGCUCCGAACUGUUUCAAACGUCGUACAUUUUUGAAACUGUGGUGUCCGAAGCGUUUGUUUCGCUACUCCAUCUUGUCAUCGUUAUUCUUCACAACCCCAUAGCUGAGUCGGGAAUCACACAUUGCAUCAUUAAGAACAGAUUCCAUUGUAAUAGCGCCACAGCUAAGAUUUUGCCAUUCUUGGAUAAAACUGCUCGAUCUGGCAUGAAAUUAACUUUGGCUCCAGCUUUCAACAAACGCGACAAUGAUAGCAAAUUGUAAUUGAUUUUCCAAACGAUAAUGUCAUUGCAUUUCCGUUCACGAAGGUUUUACUCUUCACUGUGCCAAGUUUGAAUAGUCUUGGAAACAUUCUUCCUCGUAUGCCAUAUGAGGACUUGCUCCUGAAUCAAGAAUCCGUUCAGUUUCAUAAUCCUUUCUCAGACCUCUGUUCUUCGGCCAGUAAACGCGCCUUCACAGUGUCCAAUUUCAAUUGAUCGUUUUCAAGAUUCUCCAUGGCCGUGGCAACAACAUCAUACAACGAUGGCAGUGAAAUGAACAAUUGACUAACCGCGUCCUGCUCCUUAACUGACGUCGUUAAUUCGUCGAAAAUGGUCCGUUAGUGGUGUUCCUUCUUCAAUAUUCAGAGUUGCCAGGGAUCUGCGAAUAUGGGUUUGCGUUGCAAAACCAUCCUUUGAAAAUGUAUUCGCCAGAGUUAUACAUAUUCUUCGCCGUAUUCUUGUAGCACACGUAUUCCAAGUGAGAAUCAGCUACAUACGCCACCAAAUCCCAGAAAUGGGAGCCUUAGUUUUUUCGUCCCUUACAUGAAAAAGAUUGGUUUUAUUAUGAAUAAAUUCUCUAUCUUUUUUUAGACGGUAAACAAACUCCGUAGCUAAGAUUUAACAAUCAACUGCUUCUUUGAUUCAUCUCUAAAGUUGUAACCCUUCUUUGCCGCGACACCAUUUCGCUUUUUGAUUGGAAGGAAACACUCCGUUUUCACCAGCAAUAUUACAUCAAAGCUGUGCCCGAUGCUUCGAGUCCCCUUAAUCAUGGGUACAUAGUGUUCCGGAAGCCCCAUUAGUAACAGCGCAGCUAGUCAUGAGUCGUCGACCUUGAAACCGAUUCCCGCAAGUUUGUGCGCUGUGAACAUCAGUUCGUCAACGUACGCUUCUACCAAAUACAAAUAAUAAUACCCCCAAGUCCCAUACAAACGAACCGCCAAUGUUUGGUUCACAGCCUGAACAAGUAAGCCUAGCAAAUUACUCCCUUUCAUUGCGAUAGUUUGAAAAUGUGGAAGGAGAUCGUUUCUGGCAACGCUUUAUGCUAGUUUCUACGGUGCAAAACAAACUUGUUUGUUUAUGCUUAUCGUUACUGUAUUAAACUGCAACAAUCAGUCUAAAUAUCACCGGCACUAGCACAAAAGAUGAAAAAUGAACACAAACACCCACGAAUCUACAAAUAUCAAUACAGCUAGUAGUAUAUUCAUGGUGGCUUAACCAUUCUAGAUUAUUGUUUAACUUACAUUUCGCUUGUGAUCUUGAUUAUCAGAUAAAAACUGUUUAUUUAUUUUUCACUAUAAUAAACAGUAACUAUGGUGAACUUGUUCUUACCCUUCAGUGUUGCUAGUUUUAUAGAAAACUCGUUAAAGUACAUUGUCACUCUGACAGUGUAAAAUGUGUCCUUGAAUUUGUCGAAGUAUUCCGUAUUAUAAUUUGUAUUUGCUUCUACGCUGUCGCAUUCGUCCAAACGAAUCUACGUUAGCUUCCUCGGCAACCCGAUUUUCCGUGUUAGAUUGCUGUCCGGAAAAGACUUUUUUGGCGUCCUUUGCAUACUGGACCGGACUGUAAUUAGUCGUCUCCAGACUCCAACAGUCUGUGACCAUCGCUUGCAAACUCGUUUCUUCGUCGAUUUUCUAACCUUCAGUCAUCGGACACAGCGUUCCAGGAUCUUCGUGGCGUAAUUUUCCCGUCCUUUGAGCUCAACGGUAAAGCGGCUCCUACUAAUGGCACGUUGUUCAUCGUCGGAUGAUUAUUCCUCGAUUAAUCUGCUUUCUUCCGUUGAUGACCAAUUCUGGGCCCAUGACCUGAGCAGAGUAAAACACAACUGUUUAAGUGGAUUGAAUUGGACUAAUGAAAAUUUAUUUGAUUCAACAACCCACGUUACUAGACGUUGCGUGACUGUUUUGGUUACAACACGUCGUGAUUCAAAAUAUGAAAAUUACUUCCCAAAACCUAAACUUCCUAAUUGUAUUCUAAAUCAACAGACAUGUUACUGUGAGAGAAUCGACUCAGCAAUCUCCUACUUUCAGGUAACAAACAAGCUAAAGUGAUACGCUUGCAUUACUGAUUGUUUAUUUACGUUGCAAUCAGCUGAUUUUUGACGACGUUUUGAUCAAAGAAGUGACGAGUGAAUCAGAAAAGUCGAAGCUUGCUGUGAUUUAGUCGUUCUGUUCAUGCAUCAGUCGCUACAUUAGAAUGGUACUUUAGAGUUAGGAAUGACUUUUUUAUCGAAAAAAAUCGAUAUAAUUAAUCGAUUGCUCGAUAAAUUGUUUGAUUAUUUUUGUUUAGUAAUGGAGUAUUAGUUUUAAACUAAUCCAUUAAAUUUCUGUCGAUUAAAAAUCUGGGUUAUUAAUCGAUAAUUUGGUUUUGAAAACAUAGAAUCAAAAUCCUCCCCGAGGUGUAAGACCAGUUCCGAAUCUAAGCCCCUACAGAACCACACACACACACACACACACGCAUCAGGCAGCAUAAUCUUUAAAGAAAGCUAAAAAAAAGCAAAAACGCAUUUCCUGCAAUUAACAUUACUGAAAGAGGUAACAAAAACAACGUGUAAUCUAACAAUCAUUUUUCGUGAAUAGUCAGUCAGAGCUAGUAGAUAAUAAACAAUGUGUCAGACAAUAAAGAUAUAGCGAACGCUAAGGCUUAGGCGAAGGGUAAACUCCUGAGCCAGAACAAUUGUUGCAAGAGUAUUUAAGCGAUUUUAAAAACGGUUUUUAUUUAUUGUUUAGAGAUAACUGUACAAUAUGUGCCUUACGUAACGAGUUACAAAGUCUGUUUUUAAUGACGAAUAUGAUAAUUCUGUAACAAAUCAGAAGGCCGGACAGCAGAUCAACAGUUGAACAUCAAACGGAAAGCAGUUUCCUAGGUAACAAUCGACAGUGGGAAGAAGAAGUACUAGAAUUACUGGACUACUAAGAAAUAUCGCUAAAAUCAGUAAAAAAAGAAACAGUGAACCGUAAUAUUGUUUGUGUAUAGCCGAUAUAAUCCCUCAACUCGGCCGUAAACUCUGGUUGUUUUGUAGUCCAAAGCUUUCAACGUUGCCUGAACCUAGAUUAGAGAACAGCGUACAUUUUUUGGUUUAGUAUUUUGAAAUAAUGGAACACUAGCUUUCUCAGAGCACACAGCGAAUUUGAGCAAAAUGCCCCGGAUUGUAAAUAUAAAGUAGAUACACACAUAACGUAACGUAUAGGGUAAAAGUGCGCUAGAGGUUACACAGAGGGGGGUAUGCAAACAAAAAAAAAACAAGUAAAAGUACACGUAAGAACUCGCCAAUUUGGGCACGGAAGCCUUUAGCAACUAUUCGAGAUGACGGUGAUGAUGAUGAUUGGUGAAACGGCUGCCGGAGUGUAGCCGCGCAACUGGAGUGCAAAACAAAAAGUGUAAAAAGUCGAUUGCCAAUAUUUGAAAAAUAGUGACAAAA